UUGCCUAUUUCGUGGUGUGCGACUCGUGUGUGCCUUACAAUUUCGAGUAUGGUUAUAGUGACAAUUUUACAAACACAGUUGGUAUGUGUAAUGGCCUGCCAAUGUGGAACCUUCAGACAUACUCAGAUAUAGGAUUAGAUCCUCCGCAUUGGCUAAGUGAGCAGUUUGUUUCACCAAAUAGGCGUUUGAGUUGCGUCGCUUCUUUUACUUUUGAAGGAAGUGAAAGAGGACAUCUAGAUAUCAAUGCAUAUAUGGAGUCAAGUGAGCAAGAUCAAAUCACAAUUAUGGCUAAUGCAGUGAGGCAGAUUGGUGAUGCUACUGUUGGUAGCGCUAUGUUGGGGCCUAUGGUCACGCCAAACUUUUAUUCGGGCUGGCAUAAGUUACGAAUCGACAUUAUGGAAGGUUCAGGAAAUUUUACCGGAUAUAUAACAAUGCUUGGGAUAGCUGCUUCUAAUUCUAUUGUAUUAAUCGACUCAUUUCGAUACAUUCCUCCAGAUUUCGAUGGAGAAUGUAAUAUUUAUGAAGAUACUAUAACUACUCCCACUACACCUGAGGAUACCCCCUCAACACCAGAAGACACACCAUCCACACCUGAAGAUACUCCUUCUACACCUGAAGAUACACCAUCUACACCCGAAGAUACCUCCUCAACAACAGAAGACACACCGUCCACACCAGAAGACACACCCUCCACACCUGAAGACACACCGUCCACGCCUGAAGAUACUCCUUCUACACCUGAAGAUACGCCAUCUACACCUGAAGAUAAUCCUUCAACACCAGAAGACACACCAUCCACACCUGAAGACACACCGUCCACACCUGAAGAUACACCAUCUACACCUGAAGAUACCCCCUCAACACCAGAAGAUGCCCCCUUAACACCAGAAGACACACCGUCCACACCUGAAGACACACCAUCUACACCUGAAGACACACCGUCCACACCUGAAGAUACACCAUCUACACCUGAAGAUACCCCCUCAACACCAGAAGAUGCCCCCUUAACACCAGAAGACACACCGUCCACACCUGAAGACACACCAUCUACACCUGAAGAUACUCCCUCAACACCUGAAGAUAAUCCUUCAACACCAGAAGACACACCAUCCACACCUGAAGACACACCGUCCACACCUGAAGAUACACCAUCUACACCUGAAGAUACCCCCUCAACACCAGAAGAUGCCCCCUUAACACCAGAAGACACACCGUCCACACCUGAAGACACACCGUCCACGCCUGAAGAUACUCCUUCUACACCUGAAGAUACGCCAUCUACACCUGAAGAUAAUCCUUCAACACCAGAAGACACACCAUCCACACCUGAAGACACACCGUCCACACCUGAAGAUACACCAUCUACACCUGAAGAUACCCCCUCAACACCAGAAGAUGCCCCCUUAACACCAGAAGACACACCGUCCACACCAGAAGACACACCCUCCACACCUGAAGACACACCGUCCACGCCUGAAGAUACUCCUUCUACACCUGAAGAUACGCCAUCUACACCUGAAGAUAAUCCUUCAACACCAGAAGACACACCAUCCACACCUGAAGACACACCGUCCACACCUGAAGAUACACCAUCUACACCUGAAGACACACCCUCCACACCUGAAGAUGCCCCCUUAACACCAGAAGACACACCGUCCACACCUGAAGACACACCAUCUACACCUGAAGACACACCGUCCACACCUGAAGAUACACCAUCUACACCUGAAGAUACCCCCUCAACACCAGAAGAUGCCCCCUUAACACCAGAAGACACACCGUCCACACCUGAAGACACACCAUCUACACCUGAAGAUACUCCCUCAACACCUGAAGACACACCGUCCACACCUGAAGAUACACCAUCUACACCUGAAGAUACCCCCUCAACACCAGAAGAUGCCCCCUUAACACCAGAAGACACACCGUCCACACCUGAAGACACACCGUCCACGCCUGAAGAUACUCCUUCUACACCUGAAGAUACGCCAUCUACACCUGAAGAUAAUCCUUCAACACCAGAAGACACACCAUCCACACCUGAAGACACACCGUCCACACCUGAAGAUACACCAUCUACACCUGAAGAUACCCCCUCAACACCAGAAGAUGCCCCCUUAACACCAGAAGACACACCGUCCACACCAGAAGACACACCCUCCACACCUGAAGACACACCGUCCACGCCUGAAGAUACUCCUUCUACACCUGAAGAUACCCCCUCAACACCAGAAGAUGCCCCCUUAACACCAGAAGACACACCGUCCACACCUGAAGACACACCAUCUACACCUGAAGACACACCGUCCACACCUGAAGAUAAUCCUUCAACACCAGAAGACACGCCAUCCACACCAGAAGACACACCGUCCACACCUGAAGACACACCGACCACACCAUCUACACCUGAAGAUACACCAUUUACACCUGAAGAUACCCCUUCAACACCUGAAGACACACCAUCUACACCUGAAGACACACCGUCCACACCUGAAGAUACACCAUCUACACCUGAAGAUACCCCCUCAACACCAGAAGAUGCCCCCUUAACACCAGAAGACACACCGUCCACGCCUGAAGAUACUCCUUCUACACCUGAAGAUACGCCAUCUACACCUGAAGAUAAUCCUUCAACACCAGAAGAUGCCCCCUUAACACCAGAAGACACACCGUCCACACCUGAAGACACACCAUCUACACCUGAAGACACGCCAUCUACACCUGAAAAUACACCCUCAACACCAGAAGAUAAACCUUCUACACCUGAAGAUACACCAUCUUCACCUGAAGAUACACCCUCAACACCAGAAGACUCGCCGCCCACACCAGAAGACACACCGUCCACACCUGAAGACACACCAUCUACACCUGAAGAUACCCCCUCAACACCAGAAGAUGCCCCCUUAACACCAGAAGACACACCGUCCACACCUCAAGACACACCAUCUACACCUGAAGAUACUCCCUCAACACCUGAAGAUACACCAUCCACACCAGAAGACACACCAUCCACACCUGAAGAUACACCAUCCACACCUGAAGAUACUCCUUCUACACCUGAAGAUACGCCAUCUACACCUGAAGAUAAUCCUUCAACACCAGAAAAUAAACCUUCUACACCUGAAGAUACACCAUCUUCACCUGAAGAUACACCCUCAACACCAGAAGACACGCCGCCCACACCAGAAGACACACCGUCCACACCUGAAGACACACCGUCCACACCUGAAAAUACACCAUCUACACCUGAAGAUACCCCUUCAACACCAAAAGAUACACCGUCUACACCAGAAGACUCGCCGCCCACACCAGAAGACACACCGUCCACACCUGAAGACACACCAUCUACACCUGAAGAUACCCCCUCAACACCAGAAGAUGCCCCCUUAACACCAGAAGACACACCGUCCACACCUCAAGACACACCAUCUACACCUGAAGAUACUCCCUCAACACCUGAAGAUACACCAUCCACACCAGAAGACACACCAUCCACACCUGAAGAUACACCAUCCACACCUGAAGAUACUCCUUCUACACCUGAAGAUACGCCAUCUACACCUGAAGAUAAUCCUUCAACACCAGAAAAUAAACCUUCUACACCUGAAGAUACACCAUCUUCACCUGAAGAUACACCCUCAACACCAGAAGACACGCCGCCCACACCAGAAGACACACCGUCCACACCUGAAGACACACCGUCCACACCUGAAAAUACACCAUCUACACCUGAAGAUACCCCUUCAACACCAAAAGAUACACCGUCUACACCAGAAGACACACCGUCCAGACCUGAAGACACACCGACCACACCAUCUACACCUGAAGAUACACCAUCUACACCCGAAGAUACCUCCUCAACAACAGAAGACACACCGUCCACACCAGAAGUCACACCAUCUACACCUGAAGAUACCCCUUCAACACCAGAAGACACACCAUCCACACCAGAAGACACACCGUCCACACCUGAAGACACACCGACCACACCAUCUACACCUGAAGAUACACCAUCUACACCUGAAGAUACCCCUUCAACACCAGAAGAUACACCGUCCACACCUGAAGAUACACCAUCUACACCUGAAGAUACCCCCUCAACACCAGAAGAUGCCCCCUUAACACCAGAAGACACACCGUCCACACCAGAAGACACACCCUCCACACCUGAAGACACACCGUCCACGCCUGAAGAUACUCCUUCUACACCUGAAGAUACCCCCUCAACACCAGAAGAUGCCCCCUUAACACCAGAAGACACACCGUCCACACCUGAAGACACACCAUCUACACCUGAAGACACACCGUCCACACCUGAAGAUAAUCCUUCAACACCAGAAGACACGCCAUCCACACCAGAAGACACACCGUCCACACCUGAAGACACACCGACCACGCCAUCUACACCUGAAGAUAAUCCUUCAACACCAGAAAAUAAACCUUCUACACCUGAAGAUACACCAUCUUCACCUGAAGAUACACCCUCAACACCAGAAGACACGCCGCCCACACCAGAAGACACACCGUCCACACCUGAAGACACACCGUCCACACCUGAAAAUACACCAUCUACACCUGAAGAUACCCCUUCAACACCAAAAGAUACACCGUCUACACCAGAAGACACACCGUCCAGACCUGAAGACACACCGACCACACCAUCUACACCUGAAGAUACACCAUCUACACCCGAAGAUACCUCCUCAACAACAGAAGACACACCGUCCACACCAGAAGUCACACCAUCUACACCUGAAGAUACCCCUUCAACACCAGAAGACACACCAUCCACACCAGAAGACACACCAUCCACACCUGAAGACACACCGUCCACACCUGAAGAUACACCAUCUACACCUGAAGAUACCCCCUCAACACCAGAAGAUGCCCCCUUAACACCAGAAGACACACCGUCCACACCAGAAGACACACCCUCCACACCUGAAGACACACCGUCCACGCCUGAAGAUACUCCUUCUACACCUGAAGAUACCCCCUCAACACCAGAAGAUGCCCCCUUAACACCAGAAGACACACCGUCCACACCUGAAGACACACCAUCUACACCUGAAGACACACCGUCCACACCUGAAGAUAAUCCUUCAACACCAGAAGACACGCCAUCCACACCAGAAGACACACCGUCCACACCUGAAGACACACCGACCACGCCAUCUACACCUGAAGAUAAUCCUUCAACACCAGAAAAUAAACCUUCUACACCUGAAGAUACACCAUCUUCACCUGAAGAUACACCCUCAACACCAGAAGACACGCCGCCCACACCAGAAGACACACCGUCCACACCUGAAGACACACCGUCCACACCUGAAAAUACACCAUCUACACCUGAAGAUACCCCUUCAACACCAAAAGAUACACCGUCUACACCAGAAGACACACCGUCCAGACCUGAAGACACACCGACCACACCAUCUACACCUGAAGAUACACCAUCUACACCCGAAGAUACCUCCUCAACAACAGAAGACACACCGUCCACACCAGAAGUCACACCAUCUACACCUGAAGAUACCCCUUCAACACCAGAAGACACACCAUCCACACCAGAAGACACACCGUCCACACCUGAAGACACACCGACCACACCAUCUACACCUGAAGAUACACCAUCUACACCUGAAGAUACCCCUUCAACACCAGAAGAUACACCGUCUACACCAGAAGACACACCGUCCACACCUGAAGACACACCGACCACACCAUCUACACCCGAAGAUACCUCCUCAACAACAGAAGACACACCGUCCACACCAGAAGACACACCAUCUACACCUGAAGAUACCCCUUCAACACCAGAAGACACACCGUCCACACCAGAAGACACACCAUCUACACCUGAAGAUACCCCUUCAACACCAGAAGACACACCAGAAGACACACCGUCCACACCAGAAGACACACCGACCACACCAUCUACACCUGAAGAUACACCGACCACACCAUUUACACCCGAAGAUACUUCCUCAACAACAGAAGACACACCGUCCAUACCAGAAGACACACCAUCUACACCUGAAGAUACCCCCUCAACACCAGAAGACACACCAUCCACACCAGAAGACACACCGUCCACACCUGAAGACACACCAUCUACACCUGAAGAUACUCCCUCAACACCUGAAGACACACCGUCCACACCUAAAGAUACCCCCUCGACACCAGGAGAGCCAACGACUAUUCCAGUAUUGAUAGAUCCCUACAGCUUUUGGAAUCCCUCCACAAUAACAAUGGUGGUAUUAAUAGCGUUAAUAUUUUUUCUACUUGUUUCAAGUAUUUGCUUCUAUUUAGGCAUGAAAAGAGGUCGAAGUAACAACAUCGUAAUAUUGCCAGAAUUUGAUGAUUUACCAAGAUCAAUUGUUAUACCACGAGUUGACAGAAUUGGGAACCCUUCAAUAAUGCCCUAUUUAGCGUAGUUAUAAACAUAAGGUAACAAGAUCUUUAUUUAGUUUAAUUUUUUUUUAUAAUGUGA